CGCGGGGGCGCAGGCGGCGCCACGCGCGGCGGCGCCAGGUGCAGGUUAAAAAGUUGUUGUAUCAUCUCAGGGAAGCAGUAGCCUAUUGUGGUUUUCUUGGAGCAGCAACUCAAACCAAAAAUGAGCAGAUGAUACCAGUUAAACAGUGUCUGGCAGACAACAUCAUCACAGUGGCAACACCACAAAAGCAACAUCAAAGAGCAGGGGACUUUUGUGUUCCCGAGUCAGCGGGAAGCAUGCCCAGUAUCUCAGCUGCCAAAGUGGCUGCAGUUUCUACAUAGACCUCUAUAGAUCUCGUAACCAUGUCUGUUAGCGCAACAGAGAAUGAUCCUCCUAGAUUCUUCGUGGGUGGAGAAGAUGGAGAAGAAUUAUUGGAUUCAGCCAGAUCUACAGAUUACGAACACUUCUAUGACCAUGGGGAAGAAGAGGAGGAAGAGUAUGACUCUCCACCAGAAAGACAAAUCGCAGUUGGAAUUUGUUCAAUGGCUAAGAAAUCUAAGUCCAAACCAAUGAAAGAAAUUCUUGAACGCCUCUCCAUGUUUAAGUACAUAACUGUGGUAAUAUUUGAAGAGGAUGUUAUUUUGAAUGAGCCAGUAGAAAACUGGCCUUUAUGUGACUGUCUCAUUUCUUUUCAUUCUAAAGGAUUUCCACUGGACAAAGCAGUUGCCUAUGCAAAACUCAGGAAUCCAUUCAUAAUCAAUGACUUGAAUAUGCAGUAUCACAUACAAGACAGGAGAGAAGUAUACGGUAUUCUUAAAGCUGAAGGCAUUUUACUUCCUCGCUAUGCAGUUCUGAACCGUGAUCCAAACAAUCCCCAAGAAUGCAACUUGAUUGAAGGAGAAGAUCAUGUGGAAGUGAAUGGAGAAAUUUUCCAAAAGCCUUUUGUAGAAAAGCCAGUUAGUGCUGAGGACCACAAUGUUUACAUUUAUUAUCCAACAUCUGCUGGGGGUGGAAGCCAGAGGCUCUUUCGAAAGAUUGGCAGCAGAAGCAGUGUUUAUUCCCCUGAAAGCAGUGUGAGAAAAACAGGCUCCUAUAUUUAUGAGGAAUUCAUGCCUACAGAUGGCACUGAUGUGAAGGUGUACACAGUAGGUCCAGAUUAUGCUCAUGCUGAAGCCCGGAAGUCUCCAGCUCUGGAUGGCAAGGUAGAACGAGAUAGUGAAGGAAAAGAAGUGAGGUAUCCAGUCAUCCUGAAUGCAAGAGAGAAGUUAAUUGCUUGGAAAGUAUGCCUUGCCUUUAAACAAACAGUUUGUGGCUUUGAUUUGCUGCGUGCUAAUGGACAGUCCUAUGUCUGUGAUGUGAAUGGCUUCAGUUUUGUGAAAAACUCCAUGAAAUACUAUGAUGAUUGUGCUAAGAUACUGGGAAAUAUCAUAAUGAGAGAACUUGCUCCCCAGUUUCAGAUACCAUGGUCGAUUCCUUUGGAAGCUGAAGACAUCCCUAUUGUGCCAACCACCUCUGGAACAAUGAUGGAGCUUAGAUGCGUUAUAGCUGUAAUACGGCAUGGGGACCGAACACCAAAACAAAAAAUGAAAAUGGAAGUAAAACAUCAGAAGUUUUUUGAUCUCUUUGAAAAAUGUGAUGGAUAUAAAUCUGGAAAACUAAAACUGAAAAAACCAAAACAGUUGCAGGAAGUGCUUGAUAUAGCAAGGCAGCUCCUUGUAGAACUUGGGCAAAACAAUGAUUCUGAAAUUGAAGAAAGUAAAGCAAAACUUGAACAGCUAAAGACUGUGUUAGAAAUGUAUGGGCAUUUUUCAGGCAUAAAUCGCAAAGUUCAGUUAACAUAUCUUCCUCAUGGUUGCCCAAAGACUUCCAGUGAAGAGGAAGAUAAUAGAAGAAAUGAGCCAUCCCUGCUUCUGGUUCUGAAAUGGGGAGGAGAAUUGACCCCUGCAGGCAGGGUUCAAGCAGAGGAGCUUGGAAGGGCUUUCAGGUGUAUGUAUCCAGGUGGACAAGGAGAUUAUGCUGGAUUUCCUGGAUGUGGUUUGCUCAGAUUACAUAGCACUUACCGACAUGAUCUCAAAAUCUACGCUUCUGAUGAGGGACGAGUUCAGAUGACUGCAGCAGCUUUUGCGAAGGGACUACUGGCCUUAGAGGGAGAGCUGACUCCUAUUCUUGUCCAGAUGGUAAAAAGUGCUAAUAUGAAUGGUUUGUUGGACAGUGACAGUGACUCUUUAAGCAGCUGUCAGCAUCGUGUUAAAGCAAGACUCCAUGAAAUUCUCCAGAGAGACAGAGAAUUUACUGCUGACGACUACGAUAAGCUUACUCCAUCUGGAAGCAUCUCAUUGAUAAAAUCAAUGCAGGUUAUUAAAAAUCCUGUAAAGACAUGUGACAAGGUCUAUUCCUUAAUCCAGAGCUUGACUUCUCAGAUCAGGCAAAGAAUGGAAGAUCCAAAGUCUGCAGAUAUUCAGCUGUACCACAGUGAAACACUAGAACUGAUGCUGCGCAGGUGGGCCAAGCUGGAAAAAGACUUUAAAACAAAAAAUGGAAGAUAUGAUAUUAGCAAAAUUCCUGAUAUUUAUGACUGUAUAAAAUAUGACGUGCAGCACAAUGGCUCCUUAAAAUUAGAAAACACAAUGGAAUUAUACAGGCUUUCAAAGGCUUUAGCUGACAUUGUGAUCCCUCAGGAAUAUGGUAUUUCUAAGGCUGAGAAACUAGAGAUUGCGAAAGGUUACUGCACUCCUCUAGUUAGAAAAAUCCGUUCUGACCUUCAGAGAACUCAAGAUGAUGAUACUGUAAAUAAGCUUCACCCUCUUUACUCCAGGGGUGUUAUGUCCCCUGAACGCCAUGUUCGCACACGGCUGUAUUUCACCAGCGAGAGUCAUGUCCACUCCCUGUUAUCCACCCUUCGUUAUGGUGCCUUAUGUGAUGAAUCAAAAGAUGAACAAUGGAAACGAGCUAUGGAUUAUUUAAAUGUUGUCAAUGAACUCAAUUACAUGACACAGAUUGUUAUCAUGCUUUAUGAAGAUCCAAACAAGGAACUUUCUUCAGAAGAACGUUUCCAUGUAGAGCUGCACUUUAGUCCAGGAGCCAAAGGCUGUGAGGAAGAUAAAAAUUUACCAGCUGGAUAUGGAUACAGACCUGCCUCCAGAGAGAAUGAAGGCUCGAAGAAAAUGUCUCAUAGAAAUGAUAGUGAUGAGGAGGCACAUGCUUCUAAAAGAGAUGAAGCAGAUCGGUCAGUAGUGAUGUUCAAGCCAAUGGUAUCAGACCCAAUUCACAUACACAGAAAGUCACCCCUUCCAAGAUCCAGGAAGAUUGGUUCUGUUGAAGAAGAGAGCCCCCUGAGUGUGUCUAGCCCAGAGUGUAUUGGUACCUGGCUGCAUUACACCAGUGGUGUGGGUACUGGGCGUCGAAGACGCAGAUCAGGGGAACAAAUCACUUCUUCCCCUGUCUCCCCUAAAUCAUUGGCUUUCACAUCCAGUAUUUUUGGCUCAUGGCAACAGGUCUUAUCAGAAAGCAAUAGUAACUUACGAACACCGAGAACUAUUCUGGAACAAAAGCAGAGUGGUCUAGGGUCUCACUGUGCGGGCCUGUUUAGCACCUCAGUGCUCGGGGGUUCUUCAAGUGCACCUAACCUACAGGAUUAUGCUCGUACUCAUCGUAAAAAGCUGACUUCUUCUGGCUUCAUAGAUGACACCACACGCGGUUCUGCUGUUAAAAGGUUUUCUAUCUCAUUUGCUCGACACCCAACCAAUGAACACCCACACCUCUUUAGGUGCUGGUCCAUUUCCUCGGAAUGUCUAGGCUCCAGUGGUUUUGAACUAUAUUCCAUGGUGCCUUCUAUUUGCCCGUUGGAAACUCUACACAACUCCUUGUCUCUGAAGCAGGUGGAUGAAUUUCUUGCCUCUGUUGCUGCUCCAUCAAGGGAAAAUCUACAAGAGACAUGUACUGAUUUUACUUCUCCAACUUACAUGAUUCCACUGUCAGGAAGAAAAAUUUCUUUGAAUACAUAUACCCCUGCAAAAAUUCAACCAACACCACUUGAAACUUUGCCUGAAAGGCUAGCAAUAGAGAAACCAACCUUAUCUACCCCUGGAUCUUCUGUUUGUGUAUCUAAUGUUAAGCUAUCUCUUGAAGAGGCUUCGCUAGACGUAGAACUUAGUGGUGAAACUCUUUCUGAGAAGAAAUGAAGUUCAUCAGACAAAACUGGAAGCAACUUAAACAACUCUUUAGUGUGCAUUCAACUAAAUUACUGAGCUUUCAAAAGCCAUUCAUGUCUGCAGUUCAUAGUGCACUUAAGAGUCUUUAGUUUAUACAUGGUUAACUAGUGUGCACGCUACAUAUUUAGGUCAAAUGUCUUUUCUCAUUUUCUAAAACAUUUCAGGAAAUAUAUUUACUUAUCCGUUUGAUGAGCUGCACACCUUUAAUGGAAAAGCUGCACAGGAACCUUUUCAGUGUCUUCAAAUAUUUACUGUAAACUUGUACAAAAAGAAAAUACCAAUGCAGUGGUAUGUCUUACAGUGGCUCUGUUGUUGUCACUGUAAUGAAGGCAUUAUCUGUUGUCACUAUAAACUUCUAUUUUCAGGAGUUUAUAAUCUCCCUGUGAAUUUCUUUUGUGGGCUGAAAUGUAACGGACAUCUUGGCUAGAAGCUUUUUUUUAAUUUAACUACAUUUCCAAAGAGAUCUCUUUUGCCUGGUUUUGAAGAUAAGCAGAUGUUUUCUGCAUUUUAAUUAUUUUAUAUCAUAUAUGCUGCAAUAAUUAGGCAUGAUGGAAUUAGUUAAUGAAUUGUCACUUUUGACUCUCCUUAUUUUUAUUCUGUGUUUACAUCAGACCUGUAACAUUGAAAUACACCUUCUCUUUUGUUGUUUAGUAUACAUGCUUGUAUACGGGUACCUGUAGAUCAUCCAGCAGAUAAAACUCUUUUAUAUGUUUUUAUCAAAACCUUCUUUUGUUUACUAAAAAAACAAUUUUUUUUGCUUUGCCAUAUGUUUCUACAAAAAGGUGAUAUUAAAAAGCAGAUUUUGUAAAAGAGAAAUGGUUACAGCUGGUCUGCUAGUAAGUUUAUCCAAAAAAUUGUAAAUAUUCCAUCUAUGCUUUAUUAUCAUCCCUUCAGAGUAGAGAGAGACUGUGGUCUACCAGAACUCAGUGCUUACUGUUGCAAAAUAGUCAGGAUUCAUCAUGGCCUGGGAAUUUUCAUACCUCUCUCCUUCCAAUCUAGGUGGUUGACAACAGGUCUCAUUAAAAAAAAACCAUUAAAGAUCUUAUAAGAGCUGUGAGAAGCACUACUAGGUCAGUGGAACUUUGAGUUAUUGGGUUAUGUAGAGUAAUCAUCCAGUCUCAGCAGUUCUUGUGAUUUUAUCUGUGGCAUGAAAAACUAUUGAAUGAUUAUCAUUAUCCCAAAUGUAUGAAAAUAUUGUCCACUUUUGUAAGUUCAGGUGGCUGAUUAUUAACAAUGGACUUCAUAAAAUACAAGUUAGAUAAUUCCUUUCACAUUUAAGUUGCAGAAAAUGUAGCUUCUGAGUAAUAUUCUUAACUAGGGCUCUUACUCAUCUCCAGAGCCAGUGCAACUAUAAUUACAUUCACUUUGCCACAGGGUCUGUUUUCAGUGUUUACCACACAUGAAAUGGCUUCAGCAGACUAAUUCUAAAAAUGCUGGUUAAAUACCAAAAAUAUGAAGGGUUUCACAGCUAUAUACUUAAAACAUUUCAUUUUCUGUAGUGUAAUUGUGUUAUUGACAGUGUUGGUCUUGCACACAACUGAAUGUACAUUUGUUUACAGUUUAAAAAAAAAUACUGUUAAAAUUUAAGUAUGCGUAUCAUUCCAGUCAACCAAAGCUGUGGCAUAACUUUUUUUAUGUGCUCCAGAAUAAAAACAAGA